AUGCCGCCGGCGAGCAAUCCGCUGGUUUUGGUGGCAGUGGCAGUGGUAGUUUUAUCGGCUGCGGCGGUGUUUGGUGGCGGAGGGAAGAGCCUGACGUUGACUCUAGAAAGGACGAGUCAUGACGGAGUGGAGAUGAGUGAACUCAGGGACCGCGACCGAUUCAGACAUGGUAGAAUCUUGCAGCAACAGCCUACGGGAGUGCUUGAUUUCCCGGUCGAAGGCACCUACGAUCCUUUUCUUGUUGGGUUAUAUUUUACAAGAGUUAAACUGGGGACACCUCCAAAAGAAUUCUAUGUACAGAUUGAUACUGGAAGCGAUGUUUUGUGGGUCAGUUGCAAUUCCUGUAAUGGCUGCCCAACAUCCAGUGGACUCCAAAUUCAGCUCGAGUUCUUUGAUCCUUCGCACUCAUCAACUGCUUCGCCGGUCUCAUGUUCAGAUCGAACGUGUGCUUUGGGAGCACAAUCUUCUGAUUCAUUCUGUUUGAAUCAAAACCAGUGCGGUUAUACGUUCCAGUAUGGUGAUGGCAGUGGGGCUUCGGGUUUUUACGCAUCUGACUUGAUGUAUUUUGACACAAUUGUUGGGAAUUCAUUGGCCUCAAAUUCUUCUGCACGAAUUGUUUUUGGCUGUAGCACAUCACAGACGGGGGACCUUACCAAGUCGGAUAGGGCAGUCGAUGGUAUAUUUGGUUUUGGACAGCAGGGUUUCUCUGUCGUCUCACAACUUUCUUCACAGGGAAUCACCCCGAAUGCAUUCUCUCAUUGCUUAAAAGGAGAUAAUGGUGGUGGUGGCAUAUUAGUGCUCGGUCAGAUUGUGGAGCCAAAUAUUGUAUACACUCCACUUGUACCAUCACAGCCACAUUAUAACUUAAAUUUGCAGAGCAUUGCCGUUAAUGGGCAGUUAUUACCCAUUGAUCCAGCAGUGUUUCAAACGUCUAACAACCGAGGAACAAUAAUUGAUUCUGGAACGACUUUGGCGUACCUCUCAGAAGAGGCUUACGAUCCUUUUGUCAACGCUAUAACGCAAAUGGUUUCACAAUCCACACACCCCCUUGUUUCCAAGGGAAUCCAGUGUUAUCUAAUUACCUCCAGUGCCUCUGGGAUAUUUCCCUCAGUUAGUUUAAACUUUGCUGGUGGGGCAUCAAUGCUACUGAAGCCUGAGGAUUACCUCUUACAGCAGAACUCCAUUGGCGGUGCUGCAGUAUGGUGCAUUGGUUUUCAAAAAAUUCAGGGUCAAGGGAUUACUAUUUUAGGAGACCUUAUUUUGAAAGAUAAAAUUGUUGUAUACGAUUUGGCUGGUCAACGGAUUGGAUGGGCCAAUUAUGAUUGUUCAUUAUCAGUAAAUGUCUCUACAACCACUGGCAAUGGAAAAACCGAAUAUUUCAACACGGGACAAAUCGACAAUAGUUCAUCCCGUCUCAAUUACUACGAGCUACUACCAAUUGUUGUUCUAGCUUUCACGUUUUAUGUAUCAAGUCUUUGUCAUUUCCACCUUUUGUAA